AUGGCGAGAUUCUGGACCACUGAGGAGAUUACAGAGCUUUCUAGUGUACUCGACGGCUUAGAAGGACAGGGAAUUACCACAUCUGGCAGAGCUGCGAGUGUGGCAGUCGACCAUUUCAAAUCCCUCUCACCCAACGUCAAACCCUUCACCAAGGAACAGAUUUCCAACAAAAUCUUGUCUUUGGCUCGGAAUAUUAGGCUGAAAAGCGCAUCGGAUCUCGUACAGAAUUGGAACGACCACCAAGCCCAGGUUCUGGCACUAGCCAAGAAGCAGGCGCCGGACGGAGCCAACCGUCCAUCGAAUCUCAAGCUGAAUUUCAAGCGGAAGAGGAAGAGGUCUUCGCAAGUCACGCUGGACAUCUCCUCCGAAGACGAAGAUGAAGAGAACUGGGAAGGAGGGUCGGACAGCCUCUCGGAAGCAGCCUCUGACAAGACUUUAGAGCAAUAUUACAACGAAGCGCAAGGGACGACAAGAGAUCCGAUCCCAUUAGAAGGCUCAACCACUACACCUACAAGCCCGACAGAAGAUGCCACGGUGGUGGUUCAUACCAAUACCCAUACCCGUACUCCACGACCCAGCCUCAGGCUGUCCGAUCCAGUCGAGAUAGGCGAAUCAUCACCGCCCGCGUUGACGUGCCUCGACCCGGCAGAGGAGAGCCUGAUCAAGUGCAUUCGGAACCCCUCCAUCUACAGGGGCUGGGAGGCCAACCCGAGUGAAAACUUCGUGGACCGGGCCAUGGAUAAGAUACUACAGAAGAUGGCCGCUGCCAUUCAAUGUUUCUACAAGGCCAUUCCUACCACUGGGCUGACCGUGUCGCGCCUGACCGCCGAUGCAAGCGAUCUGAGCAGCCUACUGUUCAACUGUGGUGUGGCCAAGGGCGCCGAACUGGAUCGCUUUCUGACCGUCCUGUUCAAUGAUCCCGCACUCUCCACUGAUCUGGUGCUGCAAGUCUACGCUGCCGUUGCGGUGACGGAGUGGGUGUUUCAGCGUUUUAACGGCGAGGUGGAUAGGGAAUUGAAGGUUGUGCUUCAAACUCUGAGCGAGCAUGCCCCGGCCUUUGCACGUAAACUCGCCACCAGCGAGAAGAUGAAGCAUUUAGAGAAGAGCGUCAAACCGAGGAUGCCUCGCCUCGCCGAAAGCCUUCAAGUUAAGCUCUUGGAUAUCUUCCUCAGUCUUCGGACAGCACGACAAGCGGCAGAAGCGGCCUCUGCCGGACCAUCAGUGCAGGAUCGAGUUGACCACCUUGCUCGAUGGGAGCUCAAGGCCAACCAGGCAUUUGAAGAGGCAUUAGACCUGAGACUGAUGAUGGAGCAGUCCGUGUGCCCAUACAGCUUCCGGUGGGCCGUGUUAGGAGACCCGUUCGACAAGGCAUGGAUGGAAUCAGCACACAAGGGCGACGAAGCACCUCCGCAGGACACCUCGGUGUUGGUCAGUCUCCGGCCAGCCAUCUAUAGCCGUUCGAGGAGUGCCGGCUCGGAGAGUCUGCUCGUCGUUCCCGCACUGGUCAUGCUGCAGGGCUUCGGCGCUCCCUGUGAGCUGAAAAUCGACUUUGGCUCUAUCCGCUGCUAG